GCUAAUUUUUUUUUUUUCCCUCCCUAGGUGAGGUGUGGCGUACCAGAUGUCAAGUUUUAAUGAUUUUGUGUCGGUUUUUUAAAAGACGAAUGGAUUAAUGAAGAAGAAUUUUAGCAAAGGAAGGGGAGGAGAAAAAAGAACAAGUUGGACCAAACAGAGAUCUUCCCCUGCACCACUUGGGCCAUGGGUGAGACAGACCCACUCAGCACCGUUUUCACCAUCGGUUGUCUCCUGGGGUUGUAAAAGCGCUCCCUGAAAGCUGCCCUCCAGAUCUCUCCAUUAACCUACCCUGCGCUGCUUGGGAAUGGUGGCCGCAGACAAGAUCUAAUGAAAUGCCUGUCGAUUCCCAACCGCUGAGUGGACACUAAGCCCAUGAAAAGGCCUGGGGGGUCAGGAGAAAGGGACAAGUAGGAAGAGGAGGAGAACACGCAAUCUGCUGGACCUUCCCCUCCCACCCCCCUUGCAAAGAAAGGAUUUACAGCUCAACCUUGCACCAGCUGUUCCUCGGCUUUAACAGUCAAGAGAGAAAUAAAUAAAAUUAAACGGCCACCGCCAGCCAGCCCCAGAUCCUGGUGAAAUCAGGGAGAGUGUUUCUGCGACCCCCUCCAGCGAGGGGGAGGAGGAGGAGGAGGCGCCAGCACAGCAGUGCUGUGAGGAAGCUGGGCAGAUUGCUUGCGAGACAACCCCCUCCUCCCGUGCCGCAACCGGAGGGGGCUGCGGCUUAUCAGAGGGCAGAUUAAAAAGGAGAAGUGGCUUCCUUGAGACUCCCGGCGUGGCUUUUUUUGCAAGAAGAGCGCUGAGAUCUUGCCCUUUCCCAGGGCGCUGGCUGGGUGGGAAGCUGUGCCCAGCUCCUUGCCUUGCGCAUCGCGCUCGUCCCCUCGCCUGAGCCCGGAAGGCUCCCCUUCUCCUCAGAGCCUGGUUGCUGGUGUCAGCCCUGUGGGGACCUGCUUUUUGCAGGCUGUUGCCUGACUGAGGGAAGCUCGCAAGGGCUCUCGCCUUUCCUGCCCCAACGUCUGUUUUAAAUCCAAAUCCAGUUCUCUGUUCUGAAUUUUUAAUGUUUUUAAACCUCCUUCCCUGCGCCCACGAACUUUUGUGGGGCAGGUUAUAGUGUGGACUCCUCUCCUGGGCCUCACGCUGCAGAGACCGCCGUGGACUUCUCUGGACUGUCCACUCCGGUCAGAGCUCGCCCUGGGAGCAAGCGUGGAGGCUGGGUAGUGGUUUGCCCCCGUCCCUCUCCCCUCCCCUUCUCAUCUCGCUCUGACUCCCGCUGGGCCUGGGCUAUGCUGCGGGGCGGAUCCCCCACCACAGCUCCAACAUGCCAGCAGCAUCUGGAAAGAGAUUCAAACCCAGCAAAUACGUCCCGGUCUCAGCUGCUGCCAUCUUUCUAGUGGGAGCCACCACCCUCUUCUUUGCCUUCACAUGCCCAGGGCUCAGCCUGUACAUCUCCCCGGUCAUUCCUGUCUACAAUGCUGUCGUCUUCCUCUUCGUGCUGGCCAACUUCAGCAUGGCCACCUUCAUGGACCCAGGCAUAUUCCCGCGAGCUGAGGAGGACGAGGACAAGGAGGACGACUUCCGAGCUCCGCUCUACAAGACUGUGGAGAUCAAGGGCAUUCAGGUGCGCAUGAAGUGGUGUGCGACCUGCCGCUUCUACCGGCCGCCACGCUGCUCCCACUGCAGUGUCUGUGACAACUGUGUAGAGGAGUUCGACCAUCACUGCCCUUGGGUCAACAACUGCAUAGGGCGGCGCAAUUACCGUUACUUCUUCCUCUUCUUGCUGUCGCUCACCACACACAUCAUGGGGGUGUUUGGCUUUGGCCUGCUCUACGUCCUCUACCAGGUGGAAGAGCUCUCCGGCGUCCGCAUGGCGGUCACGAUGGUGGUGAUGUGCGUGGCCGGCUUAUUCUUCAUUCCCGUCGCGGGCCUUACGGGUUUCCAUGUGGUGCUUGUGGCAAGGGGCCGUACUACCAACGAACAGGUGACGGGCAAGUUCCGUGGUGGUGUCAACCCCUUCACCAACGGUUGCUGUAAGAACGUCAGCCGGGUCCUCUGCAGCUCCCCGGCCCCCAGGUACCUCGGGCGCCCGAAGGCCGAGCAGACGGUGCUGGUGAGACCCCCCUUCUUGCGGCCUGAGGUGUCAGAUGGUCAGAUCACUGUCAAGAUCAUGGACAACGGUAUCCAGACAGAGCUGAAGAGGACGAAGUCCAAAGGAAGCCUGGAGGUGACGGAGAGCCAGUCUGCUGACGCUGAGCCACCCCCCCCACCUAAGCCAGACCUCAGCCGCUACACGGGCCUGAGGACACACUUAACCCUGGCCACCAACGAGGACAGCAGCCUGCUACGCAAGGCCAGCCCAAGGUAAGGCCAUGCCCAGCAAGGGGGGUGCCCAGCCUCCAGGGGAUGCUGCCACGUUCCUGGUUGGGGGAAGAGUUGGGGGCAGGGGGGGCCGUUGGGAGCUCUGCAGGGGCCCCAUCUUUCUGUGGGUGACUGCUGUGUCUCUGCCCCUCAGCUGAGCCGAGUGAACAGCCUGAAGGAGCCCAACUCCAUCUGUGACAGCAGCCGCAAGCCCAGCUACCGCUCCGAGCCAAGCCUGCAGCCCGAGAGCUUCCGCUCCCCCACCUUUGGCAAGAGCUUUCACUUCGACCCGCUCUCCAGUGGCUCCCGCUCCUCCCGCCUCAAGUCAGCCCAGGGCACAGGCUUUGAGAUGGGCCACCUCCAGUCCAUCCGCUCGGAGGGCACCACCUCCACCUCCUACAAGAGCCUGGUGACCCAGACGCGCAAUGGCAGCCUGUCGUACGACAGCCUGCUCACGCCCUCCGACAGCCCCGACUUCGAGUCAGUGCAGGCGGGCCCAGAGCCUGACCCACCGGGGGGCUACACCUCGCCCUUCCUCUCAGCCCGCAUCGCCCAGCAGAGAGAGACCGACCUGCACGGCCGCUUCGCCAGCGCCGUCUCCCCCAAGCACGCGCCACCCCGCGAGCCCUCGCCUGUGCGCUAUGACAAUCUCUCCCGCCACAUUGUGGCCUCCAUUCAGGAGCGGGAGAAGCUGCUGCAGCAGCCGACGGCCCCGGGCAGGGAGGAGGACGCGGGGCUGGUGGACUCGGGCAUCCAGUCGACACCAGGCUCCAGCAACGCCCCCCGCACCAGCUCUUCCUCGGACGAUUCGAAGCGCUCGCCCCUGGGCAAGAACCCGCUCACCCGCCCAGCCCCACCCCGCUUUGGCAAGCCCGAGCCCCCCAAUGCGCUCCGGGUGCGCUCCCUGGGCUCCCCUGACCAGCCCGCUGCCCCCCACCUGGGCAAAUCCGUGUCUUACAGCAGCCAAAAACCAGCGUCUCAGGCCAGCGUCCCCGAGACGGAGGAGGUGGCCUUGCAGCCCUUACUAGCACCAAAGGACGAGGUGCAGAUGAGAACAGCCUACAGCAAGUCCAAUGGGCAGCCCAAGAGCCUGGGCUCAGCGCCUCCGGGCCCGGGGCAGGUGCCCCUCAGCAGCCCCACCCGUGGAGGAGUCAAGAAGGUCUCUGGCGUGGGGGGGACCACCUACGAGAUCUCAGUAUGAGGGGCAGAGCCUCUUGCCCCUUGCCUCCUCCCCGGCUGGCACCCACCGGCCCCGGAGGGACAUUCUGCGGCCGGACACUGCGGACUCCAGGGAGAGCCGGGCCGGGGGGAGACGGGCCAGCAGCCCCCCCUGCUUUCCUCUUUCUCCACCCCUCCCCGGGACGCGCGGGGCUGACACACACCCCAGCGGGGCUGCUCGUCCU